GCGGUAUUGUGUUAGUUCUACCGACGAUCUUUGCCCACAUUUCAAUACAGUGAGAAGAGGAGGUGUGUCUGCUGGAAUGAAUGGAGUAUGUCCUCCAAUGAAGGACCCACCGUGCACCAGCAAGUUUGGACAGGUGCAGCUGAGUCACGAGGAGCAGAGUGCGGUACAGAGUGCACUAGAGCAGCACCUGGGUCCAGAGUACAUCAGCCAGCGCAGCGGAGCUGGAGGUCAAAAGCUAGCAUACAUUGAGGGUCAUCGUCUGGUGCAGCUGGCUAACGAGACCUUUGGUUACAACGGCUGGUCACACUCACUCACAAAUCAGUCCAUCGAUUUCAUCGACCAAUCAGGAGAUCGGUUCUACAUUGGAGUGAGUGCGAUCGUGCGUGUGGAGCUGAAGGAUGGAGCUUAUCACGAGGACGUUGGUUACGGUGUGUCAGAGGGAAUGAGGUCCAAAGCUCUCUCUAUUGAGAAGGCUCGUAAAGAGGCGGUGACGGACGGACUAAAGAGAGCAUUACGAAGCUUUGGUAAUCUCCUGGGAAACUGCAUCAGUAACAAAGAGUACCUCAAGUAUAUACAGAGACAGCCCAAGAAUAAUUCAUCCAAAGAGCCCGCUAGUCUAAAGCAUAUGGGCGAGAUUAAUCCAGCACUAAAGGACUAUCGUUCUAAACCACCCUCCCCACACCCCCACACCUUCACACCCUCACACGCCCACGCCCUCACACCCUCACCAGGGGCACAGCUCCUCGAUAUCAUCGCUAAAGCCACGUCUGCCAGUACCACCCCUCACACUCCUCACACACACACAACGGAUGAUGCUGGUUUUCAAGAUCCUAACUUGUGUGGGGUUAGGGUGAAAGCUGAAGGCUCUAGUUCACCUGUUACAAAUACAACUGACCCUCCAAACAAGAGAACUAGUAGAGGUUCAUCGACAGACAAAGCGAGCAGUGUGACCGCCCACCCCACACCCUUACGCCCACCACACACGGACAGAACACCAAUACCCAAGGGAGGUAACACAGCACCUUCAAAACUACUCAUGACACACACAGCUGCCGAAAAAGCGUCAGGAAAAAAACCCAAAAAUAUACACACUGAUAAAAUCUCUCCUCUUACUAGUGUGAAAUUAGUUCCUGAGAUUUUAGCGGAGGCUCAAGGUAUCAAGCAUAAGCCCACUGAGGCUGAGAGCAAAUCUGCACUGUCAGCACAAACAGCAGCACAAUUGCUGAGUGCGGACGAAAUGAGAAAGUUGAAACAAGCUCAGAAACAGUUGGAGUGGCAGAAGAAACGCAUGCAGAGCAAGGGCGGCUGUGAGGGCGUGGCAGGAGGCGUGGUAAAUGAUGAGGAUCUACAGGAUGGAUAUGACUUGAACGAACUGGUCUCGGAAGAUGUUCCCGACUUCUGGGACAGGGUGUUGUACAGUCAGACGUGUAGUGCAGAAGUAGCCUCUAGCGACCCCCCCGGGCCACUAACUGAAGGCACUCGGCCGUACAAUACAAGGAAGAGAGAAAAUGACAAACUAUACAGCAAUAGCAAUCAGAACAAACGGUCUCGAUCAUCACAAUAAAAUAUUAUAUAUAGUGUAUAUUAUAUCAUUCUCUCAACUUUUUAUCAUAAUAUUAUUAUUACUAUUAAACUGCUGUUUAAAUAUAAUGAUUAUAUAGCGACAGUCUGUCUAUAAUUAAUUAUAGACGCAAGCUGCUACAUGAUACAAAAAGACAAACAAAUAAUUAUAUAGAUUGUACACAAGUCACGAGUUGCUUGGUUACAGUCUCUCUAUGAUGAUU